AGAUAUCCGGACACUCGUUUAUCCGGACAAUAUUUGCGAGAACGCAAGCAAGUGUCCUGGUUUAACGGAGGGCUCGGUCGGUUUGAGUUGUCCGGAGGAAUCAUGUAAUACCACUACGCUGCCCGAGCUAACGGAAUAAGCCGAGUGGAUGUGAAUGCGUUUCCGAGUCUCAUUGUAUGGCCUUGACACCUUGUUUUGCGCACGAUUUAUGACUUCGGGCAAGGGGUGGAGUUGAAGGGGGCCACAGUCGCUGAGCUGGUCAAGUUGGGAUACGAGUACAACAUGGCGAACACCGGCGUUGUUGUCGCCCUCGUCCUCGCGGCGGCGGCGUUCGGGGGAAACUGGCUGUGGUCAAGACAGGCCCGGAAAGAGCAGAUUGAGAGACUGGUCAGCAGUGUCCGCGCUCCGGACCUCCUGAAGCAACACUCAAACGUCUUCAACAAGAAGGAGAUCAUCAAGGUGACUCCCAACAUCUACUGUGCUGUCGGAUACGCCCUGGCCAACACCAUCAUGAUAGAGGGAGAUGAUGGCGUCAUCAUUGUCGACGUCACGGAGAGCGUCUCCGCUGGCAAGGAGGUGUUUCAGGAUCUCCGGGCCAUUACCAAGAAGCCUGUUCGCGCCAUCGUCUACACCCACAACCACAUCGACCACACUUACGGCGCUAAGUCGUUCAUCGAGGACCCGGCGCACCCCCCUGACAUCUGGGCCCACCAGCUUAUUCUCAAGGAGUUCCAGAGAUUGUUCCACAGUAAUGAGAUCAUGCUGACUCGCGGGAUGCGCCAGUUUGGUACCCUCACACCAGCUCAGAUCAACUCAGGCAUAGGAUUCAAACUGGCCCUUGACAAAGACAACAUGGACUUCGGGCUUGUCAUGCCAAACAAGCUGUUCACAGGAUCAGAGCGUGAUAUCAGCUAUGCAGGCGUCUCAAUGAAGCUGGUCCACAUCCCCGGGGAGACCGCGGACCAGAUAGGAGUAUGGCUGCCGGACCAGAAGGUGUUCCUGUGCGCUGAUGACGUCUACCGCGCCUUCCCCAACCUGUACGCCAUCAGGGGGACGCCGUCUCGAAGUCUACUGGACUGGUCUUCCUCACUGGACAAGAUUAUUGACCUUGAACCUCACUACCUCGUCCCGAGUCACACACGUCCGCUAGAGGGCGCUGCUACCAUCAUGACACUGCUGACCAGUUAUCGAGACGCCAUCCAGUUUGUUCAUGAUCAGACAAUCAGGUUCAUGAACAAGGGUUUAAUGCCAGACGAGAUUGCUGCGAAAGUCCGUCUGCCCGAACAAUUAGCCACCCACCCAUACCUUCUUGAGUUUUACGGCACAGUGGAGUGGUCCGUUAAGGGUGUAUUUAAUACCUACCUUGGAUGGUUCGACGGAGAUCCGGUGCACCUUUCACCUCUGACCCCUGACGAAUUGGCCAAUCGCUAUGUAGCCCUUGGCGGAGGAAUCGACAAUAUGGUGAAGGUGGCGAAGAAGGCUCUGGACGAAGGGGAUCACAGGUGGGGUCUAACUGUCGCGUCCCACGUCAUCAGAGCAGAUGAUACGAACAAAAAAGCACGGGACAUUGCAUCGAAGUGUAUGAUGGAGAUUGGUAAUCAGCAGAUCAGUUCAAACGGCCGGAACUAUUUUCACACAUUUGCCCUUGAGGUGAUUGGUGCAACAGACGCUCGACCAGGACCUCUCACAAUGGCUAGAUUCAUCCGCGGAAUACCCCUUGUUACAUUGUUUAAAGUACUCGGGGUCCGCUUUGUGGCAGAGAAAUGCGGGCGGGUAAAUGUGACAGUUCUCUUUGAGUUCCAGAACCCCAAAUCUACAGUCUCCAUGCAACUGAGGAACUCGGUCGUCAUCAUCAAAGACCGGCCUCCCAAGAAGUAUAACGUCAGAGUUGUUGUUGAUGACGUCAUAUGGCGGGAGUUAUUGAUAACUCAUUUGGUAGAAAAGUCAGCCGUCUCCCUAAUGGAUGCAAAGGUUGAAGGAGAUGAAGAAAUAGUAAAAGCUCUGUUCGACUGCUUUGAGGGAAAUUGAAUGAUAUUUAAUCACGACAUCGUGUUACCAUGGAUACUCAUUAAUGAUAAGUAUAUUGUUGACACCAAGGUCACUAGGCCAAACAUGACAUUAUUUGAUUUUGAUUUUGUUUGUUUGUUGUUUAAUGUCGCACUCAGCAAUAUU